AUGGUCGCACUGGCUCGCCUGGUGCGUUCCAGUCUGGGUUUUUUUUUUUCGAAAGGCGAGCAUUUACCAGAAAAGCGACCGGGCUUCAUGCGAAAAACUGAUAAUCAUGUGCCUGGAAGUCCUUGCGGCCCUGUAAUACAACACCAAGCGAACCUUGAUAACAAAGGUUCAACAAAUGGCAAGCAGUCGUCGAGAAGCAAUAACAACGAUACGGCACCUUCGAAGUGUGGCUCAAGCGCUAUGGCACUGGAUGCUGAGUACAUUCGCACUAAUCCGUGGACGCCUUCGGAAAUAAUCAUAAACUCGAUCAAGAAUGCUGACUCUCGAGAGUGUAUGUGA